AUUAAAGCUAUCAGCUUGUGGAGUCAUGUAAAAUAAACUCAAUUUAAUUACGAAAACAAUGGAGGUUUCAAUUUUCGGGACGAUCGUCGAUGAAAGAAAAGUAAAAAGAAAAAAAGAGAGUCACGUGCCAAGUAUCCUUGUCGGGGGAGGUCACGGGUCUAGCACGAAAUUGCGCGCUGAGAAGUGCCAAACAUGGCGGGUAUUUUCGUUGCCCGAAGAUUGUUUCGUCCUCGGAUUUGUCCUGUAUUGUGCCGUCGAGUGUCGUCUUUCUUUACAGAUGAAUACACUCCACCUCAGCUUGAUCAUGUUACUCGCGACUGGGAGAAGCUAUAUCAACAAAGUAUCCGCGAUCCUGAGACGUUUUGGGGGCAACUUGGGGCGACGCGUUUGGCUUGGAUGAAGCCGUUUGAUUCAGUCAUGGACGUGGAUUUGGAUAAAGGACAACACAAAUGGUUUUUAGGAGGCAAACUCAAUGUUUCUGUAAACUGUGUUGAUAGACACAUGCAGGUUGAUCCUGAUCGUUGUGCCAUUAUAUGGGAGAAAGACGAGCCAGGGGAUGUCCAGAGAGUCAGCUACAGAGAGUUGUAUGAAAUGGUGAACAGGAUGGCCAAUGUCUUAAAGAGCCACGGAGUCAAGAAGGGAGAUGUAGUGUGUAUCUACAUGCCCGUAAGUCCACUAGCUGUUGCCGCUAUGCUGGCUUGUGCACGGAUUGGUGCCCCUCACAGUGUUGUGUUUGCUGGAUUUAGUUCAGAAGCGCUUGCUAGUAGAAUUAAUGAUGCAAAUGCUGAAACAGUCAUUACAGCAGACCAAGUGGUACGUGGUGGCAAAGUUGGAGAGUUAAAACAGACGGUUGACAAGGCUGUGGCUGCCAGUCCUUGUGUGAAGAGAGUUUUUGUGGUCAGCCGCACAGGCGCUGAUGUUCCAAUGGGAAAACUUGACAUUCCUCUUGAAAAGGAAAUGUGCAAGCAGUCAACAGAAUGUGAACCCGAGCAAAUGGACAGUGAAGAUAUUUUGUUCUUGUUGUACACGUCUGGCAGUACAGGACAACCAAAGGGUGUGGUCCAUACACAGGCAGGGUAUCUACUUUAUGCUAAGCUUACACACAAGUACGUGUUUGACUAUCAUCCAGGUGAUAUAUUUGGUUGUGUGGCCGACAUUGGUUGGAUUACAGGGCACACAUAUGUGGUAUAUGGGCCACUAUCUAAUGGGGCUACCACAGUUCUGUUUGAGAGCACCCCGACUUACCCUGAUCCAGGCCGCUACUGGGAAAUGGUGGAAAGACUCAGGAUAAAUCAGUUCUAUGGAGCGCCAACUGCGAUAAGAUUGUUACUCAAAUCAAGCAACUCGUAUGUCACAAAGUACGACAGAUCAUCUUUAAAACUCUUAGGGACAGUUGGUGAACCAAUUAACGCUGAGGCAUGGCACUGGUACCAUGAGGUCGUUGGGGAGAAGCGAUGUCCUAUAGUGGACACAUGGUGGCAGACAGAGACCGGUGGGAUCCUGCUGUCUCCAAGACCUGCACCAGAUGAUUCCGCCCUCAAGCCUGAGUUUCCUGCAAGGCCCUUCUUUGGAGUAGAACCAGUUAUUUUGGAUGAUAAGGGUCGAGAGCAGAUUGGAAACGACGUGAAAGGAGCCUUAUGUAUCCGUACAUCCAUUCCCAGCAUGUCCCGCACUAUAUAUGGACAUCAUCAACGCUUUUUAGAUACCUACUACAAUCCUUUCAAAGGUGUGGUUCCUUUUUUUUCGUGACCUUGCUCAACCUUGGUUCCUUUUUGCACUUGGCCUCUCUCCUCCGCAGAGGCUCAAAACGUUCGUUAUAUUAUGCGCUUUUGAUCAUUAUAUGUUAAAAAGCGCAAUAUAAAUUAAUAAAUUGUUAAAUUAUUAUUAUUAUGGAAAGCCGCUGUGCGAGGUGAGUGCAGGCGCAAAUUUUAACUCAUAUCGUUCAGCGGACAAUCCCUACCCGGAAAAACCCUUUGAGCCUCUGCGGGGAAGGGGGGUGGGGAACACUGUGUGAAUUUUUUUCCGCGCGCGUUGU